AUGCAUGGUCCGUCGCUGCCGUCCGUCCUCAAGUCGAAGCCUGCGACCCAUGACACAACGACUACGCAUGAUCAGCUAAUAUCCGGUCUCGCUCGUGUCACCUCUCCUCAAGAAACACCGAUAUACAUAUGUGCAUUUCAAGAUUGCAACAGACUGUUCCCUUCACGCGAACGUGUCAUGCUGCACCGUAAACGCGACCAUAACUCAGAAGAAGAUAGAGAUAUUAUUACAUGGAACGAAUAG